AUGAUAAAGGAGUUUGAAUUCGGAAGUACGUCAUCAAUCGUUAACAGUUCGCAGAUGUGCGCCCAAAAGAUUGUCGAGUAUGUCUGCUGUCAAGAUGGUGGCUGUUGUGAGUGUUGUCUAAACGGAAAGAAGCAGAAGCUCACUAAAUCUGACAUACAGCACUCCUUUCGACAUUCCAACUCGAGGCUCGAUUCCACCAGUUCUUACGCCGAGAGCUACAGAAGUUUCCGGGAUCGUGUGGAGUCUGAUUCUGCGACUUCUCGAACGGACUCAGUGUCGUCUGCCUCUCAGAUUAGUGGUGAUUAUCGAAAGGGUAUGAACACACCCAUUAUUGAUAUGAAACCAAUCGAAUUUUGGGCGGCAAACAGAGAAAGUGUUCAACCACGUCAAGGUAGACGACGGCUCCCAAGCGAAACGGAAAUUAGCAUCGAAAACUUUCAGAGAGAUUUGUAUGAGGUGGAUGAAGACAGUGAGCCGUGUCUAACUGACGAGGAAAAACUUGCCAAAUUUCAGCUGGGCCAAAUACAUAUUGGUCUACAAUACGAAGUAUCCACAAAAGUUCUGGUCGUCAAGGUGAUCGAAUCUAAGGACUUGCCGCCGCCAUAUUGUUUAGAUGAAAACAAACAAGACCUGGCCCACUCAAAUCCUUACUGUAAAGUUUGCCUUUUGCCGGAUCAGAAAAAUUCACAACAAACUUCCGUUCAACGUAAAACUCAGAGCCCGACAUGGAACGAAUACUUCAUGUUUGAGAUACCCUUUCAUGAAGCCCAGAUGCGGACACUUGAGAUUCUUAUCAAAGAUUUCGACCGAUUUUCACGGCAUUGUAUCAUUGGGCAGGUAUAUCUGCCUCUUGCCAACAUAAACCUCAUCAAGGGAGGUCACAUGUGGAAACCGUUGAUGCCCAGCACUAAGGAGCGACAAGAUCUCGGAGAGAUUCUACUUUCCCUUAACUACCUACCAAGUGCAGGACGUUUGAACAUUGACGUCAUCAAGGCAAAACAACUCCUACAGACAGACAUGAUCGGGGGAUCAGAUCCAUUCGUUAAAGUGACAAUGGUGCAUUUCGAGAAACCAAUAAAGACAAAGAAAACCACAUGCAAGAAAAAUACCAUUGAUCCUGUUUUCAACGAGUCGGUAAGCUUCAAUGUGACGCCACAACAGUUGGAGAACACCAGUAUCGUGAUUACGGUGUGGGACUAUAACUCCAAAAGUCGAGAUGAUUUUGUAGGCCGUGUAGUGAUCGGCAAAUACGGAACGGGACCGCACGAGUUCACCCAUUGGAACCGGAUGUUGAACUCACACAGAUCACCGGUUGCUCAGUGGCACUCGUUACGAACGCGUCAGGAAUGCGACCAGGUCUCCCCGGCAUCCAUAGCUGUGCCAUGA